AUGAGUUUGAAGACUUUACUGGACCCUCAAGUGAAGACUCAUUUUCUUAACCUUUCUCGGGCAGAAGUUAUAUCCCACCUUCAAGCAUUACAGGAUGGACUGACCAGAUAUUCUGAAAAUCCAACAAUUGUUCCCCCUAGAACCAAGGUUUUUACCCCUCGAGGGGACACUAUGCACAUGUUCAUGCCUGUUGUUGAUGACGUUUAUUGUGGUGUGAAGACUUUGGGUUAUAACGCUAAUUCGAGAGUAGGCUUUGUCGGUGCAAUCAACGUACUAGAACCAACUACAGGGUUGAUCCAAGGUGUUGUCGAUGCAAAACAGGUCACUGGUAUCAGAACUGCAUUGAGUUCUCAUAUCGGUUUGUACAAAGUGAAACACAAAUUUGAUAAUAUUGCGAAGUUGAAUGUCACCGUGUUUGGGACCGGCUUGCAAGCGUUCUGGCAUUCUUUCGUGUGUUCUAAGCUCUUUUCUGAAAAGGAAAUUGAAUUAAACGUAGUUUACAGAUCUAGCCUAUUGGAUGAAGCAGAUUUGCUUGGUUCGUGUAAUAAUGUUAAGAAUAUUAACUAUGUGAAAAGCGACAGUGAAGAAGUAGCUGGGAUUUGUAACAGCAGUCACGUUAUCUUCGGCACUGUCCCCACUUCAUCACCUAGUAUCUUUAAAAAAUUCUUCCAGGAAAGCUCAGAUAUUCCUUUCACUUACAUUGGGUUGAUUGGUAGUUACCAGCCUCAUAUGCAUGAAUGCGACACUGAACUGGUAUCAUUGUUCCAAAAGGAAGAUGCCAAAAUUAUCGUUGAUUCCAAGGAACACACCUUGUUAGAAGCUGGUGAAUUGAUCACUGCAAAAGUUGAACCCUCUCAGUUGAUCGAAAUCGGUCAACUUGAAUCAGUGAGUUCCGUUAAGACAGAAGUACUGGUGGGAUCCAGAUCUAUAACUUUGUCAAAAAUUGUUGGAUUGGCUAUAAUGGAUAUCGUUACAGCCAAAAAAAUUAUCGAGGAUCAUCAUUAA